GCAAAAACUGGAGGGAGGGGUUGUGAGCGCGCCUCGGUGGUGGUGGGGGCUGCUGGCGAAGGUGUCAUGGCUGCCGCCGCCGUGGAGCUUAGUCGCCAGAGCAGCAGUGACAGGAGCUUGGAGCGGAGCUGCAGCCCUAACCUCUCCCGAGAGGUGCUCUGCGAAACCUUUCGCUCCCUGCGCAACUUGGUUGGACAACUUAACCUCAGAGAUGAUGUGGUGAAAAUUACAAUCGAUUGGAACAAACUCCAGAGCCUCUCAGCAUUCCAGCCUGCAUUGCUUCUUAGUGCACUUGAGCAACACGUUUUAUAUUUACAGCCCUUUUUAGCAAAACUUCGGCCUCUAAUUAAAGAAGAGAAUACAACUGCUGUUGAAGAGAUAGGAAAAACAGAAACAGGCAACGAGAAUCAAGUAAAUGCCAAAUUUCCUGUUGGCAACCUGCAAGAGGAAGAAAAGCACAAGGAUUGUGAUUUAGGAGAUGUAAAAAAGAUACAGAUCCGAUUUGAUCCAGAAGUAGUUCAAAUAAAGGCUGGAAAAGCAGAAAUUGACAGACGAAUAUCUGCAUUUAUUGAAAGAAAACAAGCUGAAAUCAAUGAAAACAACGUCAGGGAAUUUUGCAAUGUUAUUGAUUGUAAUCAAGAAAAUAGUUGUGCAAGAACUGAUGCCGUUUUUACCCCUUACCCUGGAUUUAAAAGUCAUGUAAAGGUUUCUAGAGUUGUGAAUACAUAUGGACCACAGACUAGACCUGAAGGAGUUCAAGGGUCAGGUCAUAACCCUAACAGCAUGCUUCGCGAUUGUGGUAAUCAGGCUGUAGAAGAACGACUGCAAAAUAUUGAGGCUCACUUGCGAUUGCAGACAGGUGGUCCAGUACCAAGAGACAUUUAUCAGAGAAUUAAAAAACUUGAGGAUAAAAUCCUUGAAUUGGAAGGCAUCUCUCCAGAAUAUUUUCAAGCUGUAAACUUUUCUGGAAAAAGAAGGAAAGUUCAACCACCUCAACAGAACUAUUCACUGGCUGAACUUGAUGAGAAGAUUAGUGCCCUCAAACAAGCCCUGCUCAGAAAAUCAAGAGAAGCAGAGUCCAUGGCAACUCACCACCUUCCAUGAAAAACUCCUCUCAUCCUUGUCAUUUUACCCUUUUUAUACAUCUGUGUAACUUACACUGUAAUUAAUUAUCAAUGUAGACUUCCCUGUGAAGUUAAGGUUUAUUUUCAGAUGAGUUCAACUUGUAGCCAGUAAUCUUCAAAUAUUCCAUUGAGUUUAGAAAUAGUGAAUACACUGAAAAUAGCACUACAGAAUUUUUUUUUCCCUUCUGUUAUAAAGGAGGUAUUUUGGAAAUUAAAAAACUUAAUUUAAAAGUGCUUUUUUUUUUUAAUUUGUGGAUCACAGAAAGGAAGAUUUAUUUUGAUAGUGACAUUUAAAAGGACUUUACAUAUGUAACCAGCCUACCAAUUUAUUAGUUUAAAUCAGUACCUUGCAUGUAAUAGUCAUUCAAAAAAAAAUUACUAACUGAAAUGAAUUUUAAAUGCAAAAACUUUUUUUUUUUAAUUUUUCAAAUGUCAGACAAUUUUAAUGUAAACAAACAAUAGAUUGUUUUGUACAUAGAUUCCAGUUUUAUCCCCUACUGGCUAUGUGACCUUGAGUAAGUUAUUUAAACUCUUUUUGUGCUUCAUUUUCCUUGUCUAUAUGUGGAGGUGAUACUAAUAGACCCACUCCAUUGGUUAUUACAAAGAAUAGGUGAAUUAAUACAUGCUCAGCUUUUGCAACACUGUCCCAAAGGAAGUGCUCAGUAAAUGUUAGCUAUAACUAUUGUAUAAAACCAGAUCUGUCUUUGGGCAGUAGUUAAGAUGUUACAAAUUAUAGUGCCUCUCCUUUGAGAACCUUACCUUUUUCACAAUGCCUCAGUGAUGUUAGGCAGUAUGUAUACAUACUGCUAUAGUGGCAAUACUAAUUGCAGCUACAGUUUUGUAGCAAAUUGUUCAUGAAGUAGCUGCUGAGAUCAAGAAUUAUCUGAUAGCAAAAAUCAGAAAUCCACCUAAAAUGAUUUGUAAAAGGGGAGUUGUUAAAAAAGAAUGAGAAGUUUGGAACUUAAUUGCAGAAAGUAUAGCUGGGCAUUGUGGAUCUAGAAAGUCACCUGGCAGCUAAUCUUUCUCUGUGUCUUUCUUUGUUUGACUGGCUCUGGAUCCCUUCCCCCUUUCUGUGUUUAGUUCUGUCCCGGUCCCCUACUCCUUGUUUUCUGUUCUCCCUCUCUGUCUGUAUGUCCCUCUUCCUCUUUCCUUACUACAUGCACACAUCUGUGCAUUCACUUUAUCUCUCUCUGUGAACUGGUUUCUCUUAAACCACCCCUGCCCA